ACACACACACACACACACGUUCAACAGCAGACUCCUGUCACUGGUUUUGGUUUCCUGGCUCCACAGCUGCUCCGACCCUUCCCCUCCCCUGCCUCUCUUCCUCCGCGGGUCUCCUCGGCCCACUCCACUCCUCAGCUCCCGUCCCUGCGGCUGUGUGUGCGUCUCUGGGUGAACGAUGUGUUGUUCCGUGGGCUUCGCCAGGACUCUGGGUCUGGCACUGCUGCCUCUGGCCCUCUGCUGUAUCCUUGCCAACCUGCUGCUGCUGUUUCCUAUGGGGGAAAUCGCCUACAUCCAGCAGGACCGCCUGGCCAGCUACAUCUGGUACUUUGGUGGACUAGGAGGUGGAGGAAUCCUGAUGCUGCUUCCGGCUGUUGUGUUCAUCACUCUGGGGAAAUGUAGCUGCUGCUGGAAUGAGAGUUUAAUGAUGUGCGGCUCCGUGCUGGCAGCUGUCGUCGGCCUCGUGGGCUCCGGCUACUGUUUCGUCAUAUCGGGGUUCGCCCUGGUGCAGGGGCCGCAGUGCUUCACCUCGUACGGGUGGACCUACCCGUUCGCAGACCAGGGGGGCAGGUAUCUGCUGCAGCCGGAGACGUGGUCGCAGUGUCUCCAGCCAAUGCACAUCGUGGAGUGGAACGUGGCUCUGCUGUGUAUUUUGCUGGGUUUGGCCGCGCUGGAGUUCAUCAUCUGCCUCCUGCAGCUCGGCAGCGGUCUGGUCAACGCCGUGUGCCGGCCCUGCUGCUACAAGCAGGAGUACAGUCUGAACAUGUAGACAGACACACACACUCUCUCACCUGCACAGACGUACUAGUUGUGCACGUGAACAUUAAAAAUAGCCUCAUCGCCUGCAGCACCGUGUGUGUGUGUGUGUGUGUGUGUGUGUGUGUGUGUGUGUAUGAGAACAACACAACACACUGUUUAGACACAUUCACACAUGCUUUGGAAUGGAAGUCUGCCAACCAUGUCAGCUGUGUGGGAUCAUUUCCAAGUUUCCAGUGGUUAAACUGGCAAAAUCAGUUUUCAGUCAUCGAUGUUUGUGUGUGUGUGUGUUUGUAGGUGUGUGUGUGUGUGUGCGGGUGUCUGUGUGUGGACUGUCCUCUCAACAGGAAAAGCAGGAUGUGCUUCAUUUGCUCGGGUGGUGAAUGUCCAUUUAAGAAGCCUGUAUGCAAAUUAUCCAAAACAUUUGGAGUGUCAUUGAUAAUUACAGUAAAAAAAUAAAUUACAAUCUAAUGUAGUUCAAAGGACAAUAGGCCGCACAGAGUUGUUUGUGUAAUUGUCACGCAACACAGUCUGUUGCGUGACAACUUUGGUCCUGACAAAAGAAGAUUCCAUCAUGAAGUUCCAUCAUUCCAUCGUGAAGUGACCUUUUCUGUUGCAUUAUGUGUUACAAGCAGAUGUGUGUGUGUGUGUGUGUCUGUGUGUGUGUGUAUGCGUGUGUUUGUGUGCAUUUGUUCUCAGUUCCACAGUAUUUUGUUGUACAUUGUCUCUAUUUCCUUCAGAUCCUGGUUAAGUGUUAACACAUUUUAUAUAUAUUUCAGUGACAUAUUUUUAUAAUGUAUGUUUCUAUGUGCUGCCUUGAAUAAUAAAAAAAACAACUGUU